GCGACACACUCUUCUUUCCACACAUCUCUACAUAAACACAUACACAACGCACAUGUUCCCUCACACACGCGCGCAGCCACUCAGUCCAUCAGAGUCCAACAUACCUGUGCAGGCUGGCGGAAGCACUGCUGGAAGGGGUUUUCAGCAGCAACGUCUCUGAGGGUACUCCGCUGUCAUUUGGGAGAAGAAGCCGGUCUCAAUUGUUUCCUCUUUCCUCUUCCUCUCAUUCCUGGAAUGCUAAAACUGGACUGAUGGACAUUUCAGAACUUUGUCUUCCAGACCCUCUCAGCUAUCAUAACCAGGCUUUGUUGUCCAAUUCAUUAGAGAGAUUCCUGAGUCCACUGGCCACGCUGGAGCCUUCUCAUUUCUGGCUUUUGAAUAGAAUGGCUGCUGAUGACCGGCACCUACCUUCCAGCUGUGGGUCCUACAUCAAAACGGAGCCAUCCAGUCCAUCUUCGGUCAUCGACACGGUCAGCCACCACAGUCCCAGCGGCAACUCAGAUGCUAGCGGCGGCUAUGUGAGCACCAUGAACAGCCACUCCAACGGCCUGGACUCUCCCCCUAUGUUCACCCCCGGUGGGCUUGGAGCCGGCACCUGCCGCAAGCGCUAUGAUGACUGCUCCAGCACCAUCAUGGAGGACUCAUCCAUAAAGUGCGAAUACAUGUUGAACUCCCUCCCCAAGAGGCUGUGCCUGGUCUGUGGAGAUAUAGCCUCGGGGUAUCACUAUGGUGUGGCCUCUUGUGAGGCCUGCAAAGCCUUUUUUAAAAGGACAAUACAAGGCAACAUUGAAUACAGCUGUCCUGCCACAAAUGAGUGUGAGAUCACAAAACGGAGACGCAAAUCAUGUCAGGCUUGUCGCUUCAUGAAAUGCCUCAAAGUGGGGAUGCUGAAAGAAGGUAAGAAGAGGGUUCGCCUGGAUCGAGUACGAGGGGGCAGACAGAAGUACAAGAGGAGGUUAGACACUGAAAACAACCCAUACCUGGGCUUGGCGCUUCCCCCUCCAACCAAAAAGCCUCUGACAAAAAUAGUGUCUCACCUGUUGGUGGCGGAGCCAGAGAAGAUCUAUGCUAUGCCUGACCCCACCAUGCCAGAGAGCGACAUCAAGGCUCUGACCACACUGUGUGACCUGGCUGACCGCGAACUGGUCGUCAUCAUCGGCUGGGCCAAGCACAUCCCAGGAUUUUCAACUUUAUCUUUAGGAGACCAGAUGAGUCUGCUGCAGAGCGCCUGGAUGGAAAUCCUCAUCCUCAGUAUCGUGUUCCGUUCGCUGCCCUACGAGGACGAGCUGGUGUAUGCCGAGGACUACAUCAUGGACGAGGAGCACUCACGGCUGACUGGGCUGCUCGACCUCUACGUCUCCAUCCUGCAGCUGGUCCGCAAAUACAAGAAGCUCAAAGUGGAGAAGGAGGAGUUUGUUACACUCAAGGCCAUCGCCCUCGCCAACUCAGACUCCAUGCACAUAGAGGACAUGGAGGGGGUCCAGAAGCUGCAGGACGCUCUGCACGAGGCCCUGCAGGACUACGAGAGCAGCCAGCACCAAGAGGACCCGCGGCGGGCGGGGAAGCUGCUCAUGACCCUGCCCUUGCUGAGGCAGACGGCCACCAAGGCUGUGCAGCACUUUUACAGCAUCAAGGUGCAGGGCAAAGUGCCCAUGCACAAACUCUUCCUGGAGAUGCUGGAGGCCAAGGUCUGAUUGCUGCAGAGUGAGACUUUUUCAGGAGGGAGAGACCCUCAGCACACGGACUGACCUCACUCCUCCAUUGGGACAGCGUCCAAAAAAAAAGAAGAAAAAACUGGGUUAUUAGUAUAAAUAUAAAAAUGAUGAAGAUUAAUUUAAAAUAUAUAUGAAAUAUUAUGUACAGUAAUAAUUUUUUUUGUUAAAUGUUGGUGGUCAUGCUCCCUUCUGUCGCUCAGCAUCAGUAAGAAGAGAAACUAUUUCUUUCUCUCACUUGCUUCUGAAGACAGCGCAGGUGGUGUGUUUGUGUCUGGACUGGACCGGGACAUGUAUAUAUUUAUUACCGCCAGACUGAGUGUACAGUUUAAAGUCUGUUGAUGGCGGUGGCUCUUUGCUCUCGCAGUUAGGGGAAGGGGCGGCAAACCGACUUAAAUGUGAACCGUCCUGGGAUAUUUACAGUACCUCUCAAGAGCAGUGUGGAUCCGUCUCAGAACGGAAGGCUUGUUUAACCCAACUAGCUUAGGCAGUAGUCGGUAGCCUUCUUCUGUAGUGACUCAGCAAUAAAUGACGAUGUGGGAAUGUCUACCUUUCAUGUGCUAUGUCGCUGCUGUUGCCAGAAGGCCGUGCCUGCUUGCUUAACUGCGUCACACGUGCACACACCUCAGCCAUCAAGGCCCAAAUCUGUCCCGUUUAAUGCUCUUGGCACGCCCGAUUGAGGCUUUAGGUGGAAAAUGAUCGGCUUUACGCAGAGUGGCACUAGGCCAGAAGAUUUCAUGUUCAAACAAUCAGAGGCGCAUAUGUCAAGCGCUCUAUUUUGGAACCCUUUAAGCCCGUGGCGGGGUCCUCGCACACACCGCGAGCGAGGUGCCCAGCAUCUGCUCUCGCCAUCUUAGACACCUCCCGUCUUUAAAUAGCUUGUGUCGGCAUUUUUUCAGAGUCCGGACCGAACCGAGGUAAACGGCAGGUGCAGAGCAGGAGUGGCGGCGGCGGCACUUCACACCGGGUUUAUUUUUAACCCUGGAGGAGGUUGUGCACGUGGCCCGCCUCUUGACCCUCGUGUUGACACAGUGGCCGCCGCUGACUGAAUAACACCAGCGCCCAGCGGCGGAGCUCCGCGGGGAGAGCGUGCACAUGCGAACAGCUAUGCAAGAAACAAAGUGUCAGCAUGCUCCAAAGGGUAACAGCGGGCCAACAAUGUGUCACUACAAGGUGUCAUCUCUGCUGGGAGACGGAGAUCUUAAGCUCCCUUUAGCUCCGUGUGCAUUACGCUCUUGUCCAGUGCAGCACACUUGCACUCUUGACGGAUUUUUAUGUGAUGUGAUAAACGGUGGCGCUGUCACCAAAAAUAUGUUACUGCGAUCAAAGGAGUAGAAAACAGCGAAGCUAUAGUGGCCGCCAUGCUCGCGGUAUCAAUGGCUAGCACUUAUCCAGUUGCUGCAAUACUGUUUUACAGCGUUAUGAGGGAAGAACGCCCGCAAAUAAACCUCCCGACUUGAACUGUCCACUCGCUGCAGGGACCACUUGUGACUGAAACCAUGCUAAAAGCAUGCUUUGACGGAAGGAUUUCUAAUGCUCAUCAAUAACUCAAUUCCUCUAACCAAUCACAUGUAACCUGUAUAACAGAUUAAGAUUACUUUGCUCAAGAGAAAAAAAAUGUUGUGCUUGUUCAAAUGCAACUGCAUUAUAAAGGAAAUGUUUUUAACAAAAAAGUACUUUUUUGUAGUGGACAAAAGAAGGGUUUGUCUUUUAUUUUCGCUGUGGAAUUGAACAUGUCUUACAAUGCAGGCUAAAGUGUGUAAAUAAUCAAUCAGCCUCAGUCAGGCCAGUAGGUUGCCAUUGAAAAUAAAGUAUGCAGCGCCCUGCUGACUACUACCUCAUGAUCAUAUUGUCAAUAUUUUUCUGAUUCAAGCCUCUUUACAAGUCUGUGACCCAACCUGAGCCGUCCAUGUUCUUACUCCCCCAUGCUCAUGGAACUGUAACCACCCUCCCUUUCAUUGUUCACUGAUCUGUUUGUAAAGGUAACGCAUGCUUCACCUUGAUCACUCCGACAUCACCGAGUGUGACCCCGCCACCUCUCCCAUGUUGGUUACUCGGCGGGUAUGUGUGUUUCUUUUCUUCCUCGUUCUUUUCAACACUGUGUCACAAUUGCUCUCUCAAUGAAGGACUACAGACAGGGACUCCCUGCUUCUGUGUUAUUGACUAUUUAUGGUGUGAAAUAUAUAAUUUGCAAUGGUGUACAUUUGUCAUCUCUGCUCAUUGAAUUGCCACUAUCUGUGUCCAUUUGGAUUUUCAAUACGGGGAGGGAUGAAUUAAAUAUUCCCUGAAA